AUGUUCGACCCGAUCGCCAGCAUGAUCGUUAUUGGCACACUCGCCAUGACGUCGGUAUACGGCUCAUACGUAUACUGGACCACCCAUGGCCCGACUUUAGACGAUUGGCGCGAACGCAAAUUGGCUGCCGACAGACAACGCCUUCGCCAGGUGAUCCGCGAGGAGAACCGUGCGGCUGACGCGGCCUUGAUUCGUCAACUAGUCGAGAGAGCCGCCACACUCAAGACAACUCCAGUCGCGGCGAAGGAAGCAGAGAACGAGUCGGAGAAGAAGUACACCUAA